UAAUGAUGGAAAAUUGCUCCAAAAAAAAUGCCACUGUUUGUUUAUCACCGCCUCUUCAAAAACUGCCACGUGUUUGUUUACGUGUACAUUUUUUCCAGAUUCAAAACUGUCCCGAGUCAAUUUCCACAGCCUCUUCUCUCAACUCUCUGCAUCGAAGAAACCAAUACAUCAAUACACACCUUCAUCUUGAUCUAGGGUUUCAAAAAUCAUCACAGAAUGGCGUUGGAGUGGGUAGUUCUCGGGUACGUCGCGGCUGCAGAGGCCAUCAUGGUCCUCCUCCUCACCCUCCCAGGCCUCCACGGUCUGCGGAAGGGUCUCGUCUCCGUCACAAGGAACCUCCUCAAACCCUUCCUCUCUGUGGUGCCCUUCUGCCUCUUCUUGCUCAUGGACAUAUACUGGAAGUACGAGAAUCGGCCGAGUUGCGAAUCGCCCGAGUCGUGCACGCCCUCCGAAUACCUCCGUCACCAGAAGUCGAUCAUGAAGAGCCAGAGGAACGCGCUCUUGAUCGCCUCCGCUCUGUUGUUCUACUGGAUGCUGUACUCUGUCACCCACUUGGUCGUUCACAUGGAGCAGUUGAAUCAGCGAAUCGAGAAGUUGAAAGCUCAGGAUUGAUCGAUCAAUUCGGAGAUAGGUGAAUUUUCGGACUAAUGCUUUUCCCUUUUUUCUGUUGUGUUUUUUUCUUUUUUUUUUUUUUUAAUUUUUUUUUUUGGGUAUGGUUUAUGAGAUCUUCUGUUGUAGAUGUGUGGCAUAAUUUUGGGGUUUCUCUGUUGUUAUGGAUCAUUUUAUAUAAAUGCAAGUUUUUUUUUUUUUGGUAAAUGGGUCUGCCAUGGUGCUCCAUUUUUGGGGAUAUUUGGGUUAUAGUUGUUAUGUACAGAAAAAUUCUUUUUGGUUAGAUAUGUAGUAGCAUUUGUGUGUUCUGUGUUGUUAUGGAUAAAUUCUUUUGGUAUGUACAUAUAAGUGAGAUGGAUUUUAAUUA